CUAGACGCUGGCUCCUUGCUCAUGACAGGACAGGGCGGGGUGCGGAGCGGCACGGCGCGGGACCCACCUGAGUGCAGCCCGAGAGGUCCAGGUGGACGAGCCUGUGGCAGCCCUUCCCUGUGGUCAGGGACGCCACAGCGAUAACCAGCCUUCGAAGGUGCCCGCCUUGGGCCCACUCACCCCGCCCCUGGCUGCCCCGGCCGGCCGGAGGAUGCGCAUGACUGUGGCCUUGUUGGUGCUCCUGCUCUGGGGGUCCCCCGUCGUUGGGGGUGCCCGGCGCGGAGCGGGGCGAGCCAAGGCUCGUGGCAGGGCGCGGCAGGGCACCGCCAAACGCUUUGCCCAGGAGUGCGUGGAGUACACAGAGGCUGGGGAGCGGUACCUGGAUUGCCAAGAGCGGAGGCUGAGCGCGGUACCGGCUGGCCAGCACAGCGAUGUACACCACCUGCUCCUGGCCCGCAACCAGAUCCACGUCCUUCCGAACGAUGCCUUUGCCCACUUCCCCAACCUGAGGAGCCUGGACCUGCAGCAGAACGAGCUGAGCCAGGUGUCGCGCCGGGCCUUUGCCGGACUUGCCCAUCUCACCACGCUGCUGCUGCAGCACAAUGGCCUGCGUGACCUCGACGAGGAGACACUGUUGCCGCUGCCUCUCCUUGCCUAUCUGCGUCUCUAUGACAACCCCUGGGAUUGCCGCUGCCAACUUGACAGCCUGGUCAGGACCCUGCAAGUGCCCGGCAAACGUAACCUAGGGAACUAUGCCGAAUGCGCGGAGCCACACACGCUCAGGGGCCACAGGCUCAAGAGGGUGAAGCCAGAGCAGCUGUGUCCAUCACUAGAGGAUAAUGCCCUGCAGGAGCCGGAGGGACCGGGCACGAAGACCACAGGCAGCGUACAGCGCACCUACACCAGCACCGCAUGCAAAACCUACAUGUCGCUGCUGGACUGCCGUGACGGAGAGCUGACAAACGUUCCAGCAGACCUUCCACCAUACUAUGUUAAUAUCGACUUGUCUAAAAACAACAUCAAACAUCUCAGGGCUAAGAUGUUUUUGGACUCCAAGGAUUUGAAAUCACUGAACCUCAGCAACAACGGCCUGGAGCUUGUUGAAACAGCUGCCUUUGCUGGCCUCCUGUAUCUCCGGGAGCUGGACCUGUCCAACAACAGCCUGCACUAUAUCCAAUAUGGUGUCCUGGAGGACCUAUACUUCAUUCGAAGGCUGGCGCUGGGAGGCAACCCAUGGGUGUGUGACUACAAUAUCCACUACCUGCUCUACUGGCUGAAGCUGCACCCUGGCGUUCAGCACUCUGGUCUUAUCUGCCACUCCCCGGCUGAGUUUGCCGGGUGGUCAGUGCAGGAGUACGUCAGGACCUACAAUGGGGACUGCCCCAUGGACAGAGUGCCGGGCCAAAACAUGGCGCUGGACCCCGGCACCCAAAACACCAGCAACCAGGAACCCAAUGCACUAGAAGUCAUGGGUAGAAUCGGUCAAUACUCCAAAGACCAGCUGCCAAGGUCUUUGAGAGACUCAAAGAGAUACAACACUGUCAGAGUUAAAACCAAGAGACAAAACUGACAGCUUUUACAGAACUGCCCUUUUUUGCAGGAUAUUCGAAUUUGGCCUGAGUCCCAUGACAAAGUCUUUUCCAUUUUUGUACCCUAGCAUUUUUUUGGUUUUAAACUACUUCCUUGUAUCCCAAUUUUAAAUCGUUUAAGGGUCUGUGUGGUUUCAUCCUUUUUCUGUCAAUAAACUGAGGAAGUUUGCUGUGCCACUCAAACGGCUACUUAGCAAAUGUAUGAAAGCGAUUGAAAACAUGGAAUAAGAAAAAAAAACUUAACUGCCGACCUGACAAGGUUCACUGCUUUAAUAAAGACCAUCAAUGUUUAAUAAGGGUGCGGAGUCAAAGAUAAAGAGGGAAAAGUGCUGAAACACACUGUAACAUCUAACCAUUACAGAAGUAAUAUUGUGGUGUCUGGAGAUUUACUUCAGAUGGCAAACUGUAUGUCACAGCACCAGCACAGGAUUUAUUGGGCAGGGAAAGAACAGUUUGGCCAACCGGACUAUUUCUGAGCAGAAACACAUGCUGGAAAAACUACAGCGAAGCUUGGAACUGCAGUGCUUACCAGUGCACUCGAAACUGGGCCACUGGAGGGCGCUACAACCUCGCAUGUUCAGAUGGACCACAAAGGGCCGAUACCGCUGCAGGAUUCGCACGACCACACUGUCCUUGACGUGAUCUUUUUCCAUGGAGAAGUUGAUCUGAGAGAAAAGGGGAAGCAGAGAGAUAAAAUAAAACGUACCAGUCUCUAACAAAGGGGGGAAAGUGGAACAAGGGAAACAGCGUAACACUCUCAUCAUGUUUGAGUUAUAAUGACAGGUGGACAUAUCACAAUGAAAAGAUCAGGAAUCAGGAACUGACCUUGCCCCAGAGAGAGGACAUCUGGGUGAUGACCUUCCAUGAGUGGCUCACCUGGGCACACCUGAGAAGGUCUCCCACAGGCAGGUAUUGGAGGAUCUAUGCACAGGACACAGGUUCACUACUUUGCUCUAGACCAGUGUUUCCCGGUCCGGUCCUCGGGAACCCACAGUCGGUCCAUGUUUUCGCUCCCUCUGAGCUCCCUGCCUGAUAGUCCACAUUUUGCUCCUUCCUAGCUCUCUACUGGGAGCUGGAAGAGAGCAAAAACGUGGACUGUCUGUGGGUCCCUGAGGACUGGACUGGGAAACACUGCUCUAGACCGCAGUCAACUUUAGGUUGUUGUUCUAAACUGCAUUUAGACCAGAUUAUGACCACCAGCAUCAAUAUGUGGACAUCUACAGCACAUCCACUGUGUCAGUAUGCAUUUCCUAACCACUUCCAUCUAGGACAGGGUUGUGGUGAACCUGAGGAUUUUAGCAGAAAUCACAAGUUUCAAGGCAGGGGAUGGCAAUCCAUCCCACGACACAAACACACACCACAGGCAAUUUCAGAGAUGCCACUUCACACAACUGCAUGUCUUUGGACUGUGAGAGGAAACAGACACACAUGGAGAAAUCCUGCACGACAGAAGUAGAACAUACAGAUGUCACAAGAGUGUCGGCAGAAUUCUGCAACUCUACACCCAACACAGAGGGUGUGAAGCAACACUGCUACCCAUUAGUCUGACCACAUAGUUAAAUAUUAUAUUUGACUAUAUAUACUCUCCCUUUAAAAUUUUACAUCCUGUGAAUUUGCUAAAUAUUUUUGAUCGAUGUGUUGCCAUGUGUGGAUCAUUUGUAUGAAAAUUAUGUUAAGGAACAGAAUAUACAGAAAUUUUAAACAGACACCAUUAGGAAUGAUUUCUCAGAUUCCCCCCCCCCCCCCAAGGACAUGAAAUCAGCCUCUGAGUGCUGUCGUGCUUACGGACAGCUGCGGCUCCUACCAGUGGCCCCCUCCCUGAGCCCAGGCGCCGUGGUGUGCGACGCGCACGGAAUCCCACGCACCCAAAGAAGCUUUUAUUCAAACGCCAGCAGCCGAAUGAAACGCUGGUUUAGAGCGAACGCGUCGCCACCGGACAAUGACAUGAAAAGCGAUGAAAGGCCUUUGUGCGAGUAACAGAGCCGUGUCUCGGGACUAAUUACAAUGCAAGUCAACAAAUCUGCUGGCCCUAGCACUCGAGAACCUCAACUCUCACGUCCUUUUAAUGUCCAUCCCCGGUGGGAGGUUCAGGUACACAGUUCUCUGUAUUGAUUUGUUCUCCUAUUUUCAUGGCUUUUGAUAUAAACUGUUCUGUUUUGUUCCACAGCAGUAAGUCAGGCCUGAGGACUGUGCAACAAGUCCUGUAUCCACACUUGGUUUUUUCUGUUCCGCUUACUGAACAAUAAUGAAUAUUUUGUAGAUUUUUCCCCCCCCCCAACAUAUUUUAGAUCUUCCUUUUCGUGUUGUGACUGUCUUGUCAAUCACCCUACAUUGCCUCAAAAUGCAGAGAUCUACAAUAAAAUACAAUGUCACGUUUCUCAUGGUUUGCCAUUCCUGCACACGCUAAUAAAAAAACCCUAAAAUUA